AUGGACAUUUCAAAAAUUGUGCUCAUCACUACAAUCUUCACUUUUCUCAACACUUCUGCUGUUUUGGCAAAGUCAGUCGCUGUUAUCGACAACGAACCGGAAUUUCGGGACCCAAAUGAUGGAAAAAGAAGAUUGUCAAUGAUUGUAGAAGAUGCAACAGCCGAGCGGGAGUGGGGGAUGAAUUGGUGGCUGAUCCUUAAAAUCAUUGGUAUUCCCCUUACUAGUAUUAUUGCCUGUGUUAUUCUAUAUGUGAGUUUAAUUUCAGUGUAUUCUUUCAUUUAAUCAUUUUAAAGUGUACCAUAAAGUGCUUUUCCGACAAGUGGAAAAAGGCAAGGAAUGAUGCUCGGGCGCGCAAGAAUAGCCGUACAAAAAGCAAGAGCCGCGACAAAUCAGGAGAAAAUACCAAAAGAGGGGGAAGUCAGCGAGCAUCUUCUUCAG